UAGUACUUCUGUUGUAAAGCCUAAGCGGUGUAGUCGAGAUGGUUCACUUUGUUUCGCUGGGUUUCACAAAGCUUCUUCCCCGCUGAUAAACCUCUCCUUCCAGCUCAGUCUCGCUAAUCUCGGUGUUCAUCCUUUGACGUCUAGGGAAUUUCCCUAUUGACUUGCACCCAAGUGUGUGGCCUAAAUAUAUAUAUAUAUGUGGAUUAUCUACUUACAGAAUACAGGAGAUACAGCCCACACACGUACAAAGAUUAGGCCAACAGAUAUCUGGAGCCAUUCAAAUAUCCAAGGACGUUUCCCUCCACAUUUACUCGAAAAUACUGAAGGGUUAUGGCGAAGUAAGAUUGGGUCAAUAAAAUCAUUAUUUGUGUCCAGAAUGAGGAGAAGAUUCCCUAUUUUCAGUGUUGUUCGUUUAUAUUGUACAGGGAAUGCAGAGGUGCAGCCUCAAUUGUCUAUUGACCUCAUUAAAAUAAUGAAUCAAAGGUUAUCAGCGAUUGAGAACAGGAAUGCUCACCUUGAGCGUUUUUUAGAUCAGCCUGAAUUGACACCUUCUGAAUAUUCAACGGCCAACAAAGAGCUCAGGAAGCUCAGAGAUUCAGUACAUCUCAUAAGUGAGUUAAGGGCUAAACAGAAGGAGAUUAAGGAACUGAAAUCAGUAAUAUCUGAAUGUCAAGAUGACAAAGACAUGCAGCAGAUGGCUUCUGAAGAAUUGAGUGAAGCCACAGAAGGAGAGAAGAAAUUUCAGUUUCUCCUUCUGAAGUCAUUACUACCCAAAGAUGAUGCUGACGAGAGGGACUGCAUUCUUGAAGUGAGGGCAGGAACUGGAGGGGAAGAGGCUUCUUUAUUUGCGAUGGACAUAUUCAAAAUGUAUGAAAAAUAUUCUGUGAAAAAAGGCUGGAAGUAUGAGGUUCUAGAAAUAGCUGAGUCUGAUCUUAAAGGAUACAAGGAAGCUAUUGCUUCUAUCUCUGGAGCUGGUGUGUACGGGAAACUAAAAUUUGAGAGUGGAAUACACAGAGUUCAGCGGGUGCCCGUGACAGAGAAAGGUGGACGUGUUCAUACCAGUGCUGUCUCUGUUGCAAUUCUCCCGCAGGCAGAUCAGCUAGAUGUGAAGUUGAGGAAUGAAGAUUUGAGAAUGGACACUUACAGAUCAGGGGGAUCAGGAGGUCAGCAUGCAAACACCACAAACAGUGCUGUUAGAAUCACUCACGUGCCAUCAGGAAUAACUGUUUCCAUACAAGAUCAGCGCUCCCAGCAUAUGGAUUUCUCACUUAGACCCAAUAGCGGGCAGCAUGAAGCACUCUUAAGAUAGGGUAUGCUCUACCGCAUGCCGUCCCGCUUGAUCUGGCAUGCAAGAUUUAAUACCAACAUAACUCACCUCCAAAAUCAGCUACCAAACGACCCCUAGUGUUAAAAUUAUCACACUAACUGCUAACCUUUUAGGAACUUGUCUAUCUGAUAUGCUUUGUGUGCGAAAUUAUAUUUUUCUUGCUGUUGGCAGUUACCCUUGAUCUAUUAAAACCUGAGCUCAUGUAGCAGUUUGCUAGUUACUUGAGAUGAAUUUGCGGAAAUAAAUAAAGCUGUAACAUGAUUCCUCAAUUGUCUUGGUCUCCCUGAGGAACAUAUUUAGCUGCUUGAAGGAGUAAACAGAUUUUGAGGAUGUGUGCCUCUUUUAGUAUUCUUAUAAUGUUCUUAGUCUUAUAUGUUAAGCCUACUGCUCAUUUAGUUCAUUUUGGUAUGUGUUCCUUGGCAUCAGAUUAUUGGUUACGAGCCAUUCUGGCAUGAUAGCUUGUUUGCCUCCGCUUGCUUCGAUGUUUUUUUUCUUUCUGAAAAUCUUUUAGCCCACUCAUUUGCUUUUUUUAUUUUGGUAUUUUGUUCAGAACAAGGCCAAAGCACUAAAAAUAUUAUGUGCAAAACUA